AAUUUGUCUGUAUCUUUCUGGAAUUCCUAUUGGAUGCUGCCCUCUGAUGUUUGUGGAAUGAACUGCUUUUGGGAAGCUGCUUUUAGAUACCAUUCUAUGAAAGCACAUCCUUCUGAGAAAAUGCAUCUAGCAGUGGUUGCCUGUGGUGAAAGACUGGAGGAGACUGUUACGAUGUUGAGAUCAGCCAUUAUUUUCAGCAUCAAACCUCUCCAGUUUCAUAUUUUUGCUGAGGACCAAUUGCAUGAGAGUUUCAAAGACAUACUUGAUGACCUCCCCUAUGAAGGAAAAGUUAAUUACACAUUAUAUCCAAUAACGUUUCCAACUGAGAGUGCAGCAGAAUGGAAGAAAUUGUUUAAACCAUGUGCUUCACAAAGGCUGUUCUUGCCAUUAAUUCUCAAAAAUGUGGAUUCACUACUGUAUGUUGAUACUGACAUCCUGUUUUUGAGGCCUGUUGAUGAUAUUUGGUCUUUUCUGGGAAUGUUCAACUCCACACAAAUUGCUGCAAUGGCACCGGAACAUGAAGAGCCUCGUAUCGGGUGGUAUAAUCGCUUUGCAAGACAUCCCUAUUAUGGAGUAACUGGAAUAAAUUCUGGAGUCAUGUUAAUGAAUAUGACACGGAUCAGAAGAAAGUAUUUCAAGAAUGAUAUGACACCAGUCCGGUUACAGUGGGGAGAAAUUCUUAUGCCACUGCUGAAGAAGUACAAGUUGAACAUAACAUGGGGGGAUCAGGAUCUAUUGAACAUUAUGUUUUUUCACAAUCCAGAAAGUCUUUAUGUCUUCCCUUGCCAAUGGAAUUACCGGCCUGACCACUGCAUCUAUGGAAGCAAUUGUAAGCAAGCUGAAGAAGAAGGUAUAUUUAUUCUUCAUGGAAACAGAGGUGUUUACCAUGAUGAUAAGCAACCGACUUUUAGGGCUGUCUAUGAAGCAAUAAAAAAUUAUUCAUUUGGAGAUGAUCUGGUUCAUUCCCUGUUGCAGCCCCUAGAACUGGAAUUACAGAAAACCAUGCAUACAUACUGUGGAAGAGUAUACAAAGUGUUCAUAAAGCAGCUAAGAAACAGCAUAAGAGACUUGUAUGCCAGAAGAUCAAGGGGAAGGUGAUCUUUACUCCACGCUGUUAAAUCAAGAGACUGAAGUAACAUACUGGUCAAAAGGCGCAAAAAUUCUAAUAUGCCUUGAAUCGGCUCUUGAUGUGCCCAGAUAGAAGUUUACCAGCAUACAUAAAAAUGAAGAAAAUACUAUACAUAACGUAAUGAAGAACAAGAACUUUUUUCUGCAAUGGUGACUAUUUGCUCUUUUGAAGUUUAAUCACUGCUAAUGUUUCUCUUGGAUCUGAUGAUUUGGGUGUUACUGGCUUCUAUGGUCAGUAGUUUUAGUCUGCAUAAUCCAGUUACCUAAUGAUCAAAUGAACAUGGAAGAAAUGAAGAUGGCUCUAUUUGGGAGUGUACCUCACGAAUUGUCUAAAAUUCUGUUAAACUGUGAAUGUAGCAAUAAUUGAGUCAGCAGCACUAACCUCACUUUAAAGGUGUGAGCCUUUAUGUAAACAAAGUUGUUUACAAGUGCAGGAAAUACUCUUGUUUUCAAAGAAAUGUGAUGUAAUCAUUGACAAUCUGUAUGUGCCUUUAUAUGUUCAUCUCUUACAUGUUGAAGUACUGUUUUGACAAUCUUGUUUUGCUUAUCUUAGAUGUAAACUGCACACUAUAAAUACGAUUUUCUGAGAAAUUAAUAACUAGUAUGUGAUACUAGUUUUCUCCGUCGGUAGAUACAGAGACUUUAAGAUACAGCAUUUGUUUCAAUGUUGUUGAGUCAUCACGGCCAAAAGAUAGAGCAGAGUUGAGGGGGUUUUUAGCAAAAAUUCAGUCUGAAAUUCUCUGUCUUACAAUACUUUUCAAAAAUUACAUGGUUUUGACGCUUUAUAGGGCAUUUUUAGAAGUUUAAAAAAAAAAAAACCAACAGUGGAAAGCUGUUGCUGUUGUAUUUCCUUACUAAACAUUAUUACCUGAUGAUUAUUAUAGAGUAUUUAGUACCUAAAAAUGAAGAGCUGUAAUAAGAAUUCUGAUGCUUCAUCAGACUGUAUAUUAGAUGGGUUUCUUAGAGAAUAUAUCCUGUUACCAUAUUUUUUUAAUAACAUGGCUUUAAAAUAGUUGUGGGGCACACCCUCAACAAUAGUGAUUUACAACAGGUAAGGAUUAGGCUUUCUUUAGUUAGUGGAAAAAAAGUUCUGUUUAUGUAAUACAAACUUUUCAGAGAAAAACAUGAAAAAAAAAAAGGCUGAAUUCUAGUGUUACAGUAACAUAUUUAAACUUGCAUGGUAUAGAAUGUAUUUUUAAAGUAUAUUUGAACUUGGAUAACCUUGUCUAACUGAGAUGAAGUCUUCAUAAAGUGAGUUUUUUGGAUUUCAGAAAAGUUCCUGUGUGUUGAUCAUGGAGGAUCCACUCACUGACUUGCACCUUCAUCCCAACCCCAUUUUAGAAGCUUAAUUUUUAUGGCUGUUUCUUUGUCAAAGGCAGGCUGGCUCUGACUCCCAGAUCCAUGUGAGCUGGACGAAUGCUUUAGCAGCACAAAACCACACUCCACUGUAAGCAGAGUUUAUAUUCUGCUCCUAAUCUCCCUGCUGGCUCGGGGUGUAAAUGUCUGGGAUGGAAACUAGGAAGCAGUCUGCCUCACCUGUAGUUAUAGUCUCUUUUCCUUGCUAUGUAACCUUUUGAAGUCUGAAAGUCUAGAAAUCUGUGUGAAGGUGAAUACUGUUAUUGACUGAUUUUUACA